UUCCUUAGUUGCAGAGACGUGUUCUUCCACUGUUUUGACGACAUUCAAACAUAAUUAUUAUUUUUGUUUGGGAUUUUUGAGCAGGUUUGCCUGAUUUUCUAGGGGCUCGUGUCGUAGAAGCCUGAGCGGACGAAGUCGUCAACGCCGGACAUUGCGGGAGCUUGAUCGGUUAAGGAAAGAACAAGAGGAAGUCUUGUCGAGAUCGGUAAGAUGUAUAAGAAGCGUCAACUUUACAACAAGACAACAACGCAGAAAACUAGGUAUAGUCCUGUCAUGUUUUUACUCUUUUGGAGACUUGUGAGAAAGGGAAAGACUUUGACACACUCUUUUGAGAGGGAUUAGGAUUUUUUUUACGAUGCUUGUAAUGAUAUGACAUAAGUGGCAGAAGGCAAUAAGAGGAAGAGAAUGAAAGUGGAUGUAACAAGAGUUCUUCCUCUUUCCAUAUAUGCCAGUCUAAAGGGUGAACAGGUUGCUGCAAGAAUUACAGCAGAUGAUGCCGAGUACGAUGAAUGGAUUGUGGUGAAAGUAAUUAACUUCGAUAGAGAAACAAAAGAAGUUGAAGUAUUUGAUGAGGAACCAGGAGAUGAUGAAGAAAUAGGUGGCCAGAGGACGUAUAAACUACCAAUGUCAUGCAUUUUACCCUUUCCAAAAAGGACUGAUCUUUCAAACACGCAAGAGUUUCUACCAAGGAAACAAGUUCUAGCUGUAUAUCCAGGAACCACAGCGCUUUACAAGGCGGUUGUUAUAAGCACACCACGAAAGAGGAAGUCUGACGAGUACUUGCUGGAAUUUGAUGACGAUGAAGAAGACGGAACACUACCUCAAAGAACAGUGCCUUUCCACUAUGUGGUAGCUGUACCAAAAGGUCAUCGCCAAUGAAAUAAUAAGAGUUUUUUCAUGUUUGUUUCUUUUGGACCCAAGUAAAACUUAAAAGAAGAUGAUAAAUUUUCUGUCCAAUUUGGGGAAAAGCUACUCUAGUUUAAGGGUAAUAUAUAUGUAGUAUGUGUAUUUUAUAUCAUUGUGAGCCACGAUGUUGAACACAAAUGAAAUUCAUGUUUACACGUUUUGGGAUAUAAGUUCAAAUUUUAGGAGGCUGUGGAAAAUCUGAUAUUUCAAUAAAGAGUUAAGAGUUAGGAGUUGAUGUUGAUAAGCUUUUUGAGGAUAUUGGGGACGAGUCAGAAGCUCAAGGGGAAUCUGAAGGUGAUGAUGAUGGACAGUAAACAAAGUUGGUAGAGAUCAAAUCGUCUCAGUGACUGCAGUUUAUGUGUUAGGUACUGCACUCUCAAAGCUUUUGUGUUAUGGGAGAUGAUAGUGGGAGUGGAAAUUAUUAUUUUUGUCAGGCUCAGGUACUGCACGCACCCUCCAAUAAUCCUCAGAAUAAUCUUGAGAGCAAGUUUUCACGGGUUGGUGAUAACUACCGCUCCAUCAAAGAUGAGGUUGCUUCUACUCUUCCACAUGCUGGUUUGGAGUCCUCGUAUCUGAUUGUUGGUAUUGAUGUCACCAAGAGCAACAAGUGAACAGGUUAAACAAGGCACGUUCUUUAUGUAUAGCCAAUGUUUUAGUCUAGAUUUUAAGUGAAUACCACUCUGAUCUGAAAGCUGACUGGUGAUUUGAUUUGGGGACGAAAUCAUUCGGUAGAAAGCGUGGAACACAACGAAAGCUGCUUCAUGUUCUUUCUCGCUUCAUUCUUCAAUCAAAAAGGUGGAUCAAUGUGUGUUUCCUCCUCUUCUUCUGAUUGGCAAUUAGGUUUGCCCACGGCUGUUGGAGUACUUUAGAUAU